AUUUGGUGAAUUGCGACUUCUCAGACGGAAAUGUUGAGCGAGGUUGUUGGAAUAAAUUGAAAAUUAUGUUGAGCAAGGACCUUUCCUUGGCGAUAAAAGUGACUUGUUAUCAAGAAAAUUCAAUGUAAAGACUUGUCCUAGUGAGUUUUUCAAAUAGUCUUCGAAGACGGAACAAUCAACACAAAAUGACGACGUCAUCUGCGACAAAGAAGAUCUUGGCUCCCAAUGAGGUUGAGGACAGUGACGGUGAUUGGCAAGCCUUCCAGGCGGCGCCUUGCGACCAAACCUCAGGACCUGGCCUCGACGUCCUCUUUCCGUCAAUUACACGUAACGCGGAGCAGGCCGCCUCCAACGCUGACCACGCUGUACAGCUGGAGGAACAUGAGAAGCACACAAUCUCUGUGUACUUCAGGGGCCAAAAAAAUGUCGUGACCUGGUACGCCGACGCAAUGUCAGUUACGAAGGGGAGGUCCUACAUUGAUGUAGUUCUCUUUCGCGAGUUAUUAGACUUGUUCUGUGGAGAAGUGGAGCAGGUGGUGACAACAAGUCCUCGGGGAUUGUGUAUUAACGACUAGAUUUUGUCCUUUCACCACCUCUAGAUUAGGUACGUCCUCUAACUUACGAAGAGACAUCCAGGAGGCGAUACUGUGCGCGUGCGAUGCUAUUAUGGACGGUGGCUUCGUUCUCCGAGAAAUCAAGUCAGCGGCGACGGAACAAAAUGUAGCACAGCCUCCGAAAGACGAACCCAGCACCAUAGAUUUACGUUAGAAGAAGUCUGCACGGUCAUGGUGAGUAGAUACAAUCAUGCUAGAUAAUAUGAAGAUUCCCCUGAAGAUAGCUAGUACUUGUAGUUAUACAUCAACAAGGAUAGUCAUCUACUGACCACGAUAGUUACAGCUUCGAUAAGUAAUCAACACCAGUGUGGCAACCGAUUCACAUGAUGGUAUGAUGCUCCUAACAUCCUAGUAGUUGCAUCAACGUAAGAGCAAGAGCUACAACAUACAACUACUCACACUUACAUCGUAGGCACAUCAGCAGAGCCAUCUAUGAAGAUCAAAAGAAGUUGAAACUUUUCAACGAGAAAAGAUAAAUUGACUGAUUGUUGAAUUUCAACCUUCAGUCUUCAACUUGAUAUCCAAGAAAUUUCAGUUUUAUUCCAUUUUGGUUGAAUUCAUUUCCUGACGACGUCAAAAGACUUGGUAUCUUUCACACAUCAACUAACACUUGGAUCAACAUAUGAAUUCAGUAGAAUUCUAUCAAUGUCUGGUUCCUGCAACUAACAACUGCGAACUUCUACCGACUUCUACACUCCAAAUAGUGCUAUAUACUUCUAAGAACGGAUACUAGCUUUAAACUUUUACUAUAACUUUUGACCUUUGCUGACAGCCACAAACAAACAGCUGCUGUCUAGUACUAGUUACAAACUGCUAACUCCAUCGGACCACCAUGCACAACUAAGCAACCACAUCUAGUGUGUGAUCUUUAACUAAGCAGGUCCAGGUGCUGCUGUUUUGAGAAGCAGGGUCGCACUAUCAAAAGCAAGAUUGAGACGUCGUGAUGCCUCUACUCACACUCACUUUACACGUGAUAUUAUCAAGGAAGUAGACGGCACAUGUUUGUAAUCUUACCGGCUCCCUUUUUUGGUGGAUCCAAUCGGAUCCUAUCAUCUUCUUAUCCUAUCCUAUCUUACCCACUAAAACAUGAUCAUAGACCUCCAACAAGAAGAGGACAAGACUAUACAGUCAAUUACAUAAUACACCCAUCUAAUCGAAGAUUUGUUCAACGUCUCGUCUACGCCUUCCGCCUCAUCGUCCGGACCACCUGCCGAAAAGUUAUGAAGAUGCUACUAGUGGUGUUCUUCAGUGUCGUGAAAAUGUAAGAGCCCUUUUCGUUGUUCUUCGGCGCGUCCAGGUCGAGUACAAGUAUAUUUUUGUAGCAUGUGCGUGUGGGCUCCUAUCCUAUCCCUAUUGAAAGAGUUCGAACUCGACGAAGCCCUUGAGUUCUUCUUGUUGUACUGUCUGGUAAGUUCGGGUACUCGCAUCGUGGAUCUUGUUCUGGUUUUAGGCAAGGACCCUGUCGCUCAAUCUCAAGGACAUCUCUGGAAUUCAACACUCCAGUAUCGGUAGCCCUGGCUCUACUCGAGCCUGUUAUUUCGUCCCGGACCUUAGAACCUUGAACCUUCUUCAUUGUAGAAAGAGGUCGCGAACGAAGAGUUCGAACUCGGGGAAACCUUUGAGUUCGAGGUGUUCCACCGACUGCGACACGGUGGCUUGUACCUCCUGCAGCCCGCGGGAGAAAGAAAAGACCUAGAGAAGAUCACUGGUGACAGGUGGCGACGACUGAAGGUGAUGAUUGAUCCGCUCCUGCACGUUGAAGCAAAUUAUGGCCACUGUUGUUGACAACAACACCUUACUAGGAGGACAAGAAGACCUACUACAUGUAGAUCUAGUAGAAGUGAAUUGUUGAUUGUGGUCGUGAUUACACUGACUUCUUAUUAGCUCAACUAGGACGAAGAAGAUUGAAUACUGCUAGGAUGACUACUAGUACUGAGCUACCAUAGGAAUGGAGUGCUCCUGGUGACUAGUGUGGUGAAGUUGCCGAGAGAAUAGCAGUGGUAGGCAAGUGUCAACGUAAUCAGUGCAAGAAUGAGCACAUGGGGCUGAAUAAGGUCACUAGAAGGGCUAUUGCUGUUAGAUGGCACCAUUUUUCAAUUUGCAUGAGUCUAAAAGUGUUCUAGUCAGUGUGAUAAUCUAAAGUCUUCUACUAUUGCACCAAAACUUCGACAUCAAGGUGUCGUCGAUUGAUGCUAUUUGUGAUCAUCUUUACAGCGCUAUUCUAGUGGUUAAUCACACCUUUUGGGCUAAGAUUGUUUGGUUUUCUGUGCUUUCUGAAAUAGGUGAGCAAAAAUGCUCGCCAGGAAAUGAAAUUUAAUUGCAGGCGAUAAAAAGUCAUUUUUUCGAGAAUUAAGUAAUCCCAAUCUGAGAUUCACAAUAACACUUAUUGGGCUCAGUAGAAGGCUAAAAGUGAAGAAAGAACUGACUGUGAUCAAGUUAGAAGUAGCAAGUAAUGAACUCUCGUUGAUAACAACUGCUCUUGUACUAGUUCUGGUCCUUCGAGUACAUACUACUGCUCUGAAGCAUAAAUGUUAAAGUAUGUGCCAUCCCCCUUUUCCUCGUCCUUAAGUCUACUUUUUGAUUUUUGAUACCACGCUCGAUUAGAAGAUGCUGACGCUACGCUAAUAGGCUGACACCUGUAACUGAAAUUCUCGUAGCAGAGGGUUGUGUUCUAAAAAGCAAAAGCAGUCGAACGCAUGAAGCGCGGUGCAAACCUGUUAAAGCACACACGUUACGGCUUCCCACAUUUGCGACAUUUUCAGCUGAGUGAGGACACGCAGCGCCUUCUAUGGUAUUCAGCGGCAAAGAGCAAAGACGACACCGUCAUUUGGAUGGAUCAGGUAUUCAACUGUCUUUGGUGGGGUUUGAGAUUCUAAACGACCUACAAUCUAGCCCCUUUAUCAUCGGUUGUUUUUCGUGGUUGUAAUUCGACUAGGUAUAACAACAUCAACAUCAAGUGGAGGCCUCUUCUAGUAACUUUAUUCAAUCAUCAGUUGUGAUCUCAUGAUGACCUUAACUCUAUUCAAUCAUCAGUUGUGAUCUCAUGAUGACCUCUUCUACUUUGGACAUCAUUGUUCGUAUUUCAGGUGAGUGAGAUAUCGCUUGGUCAAGGGAGCAGCAAUUUCAAGAGCUAUCGAUUGCCCAUGCUGGAGCAUUUGUCGCUGUCAAUCGUAACGAAAAACGGCAAGACCGUUGAUAUCACAUGUAAAGAUUAAGGGAAGCCGUGAUAGUGAUUCAUCGCAAGCCGUGAUUCAUCUCAGAACUUGUUCCAAGAUGGAGCAAAAAUUCCCGAGAUGGAGUUCGUGUUAAGUUGUAACUUUUCACAACAGACGUAACCGCGCCGCCUCUCCACUCCACUCGUUGCGUGAGAUCCAUCGUGUGUAUCAUCUAUGACGCCCUUGUGGCAGUCUGCACUGAACUUUGUGCGAGAUAAAUUGUAUUGUAUAGCUGUGUAAAGAGUCAUCUUGCUUCUCAUUUCCUUUGACGCGUUUCUUUAUAAUUCAAAGGGAAAAUAACUCGCCGAGCAUGACAGACGCCCAUCAUUCAAGAUGAAUCUGCCAGGUACCUAAGCUCUAAAAUGACGAGUUCGAGUUUGAUCAUUGGGUAACCGGAUUAAAAGCGCUUCAUUACCAUCACACGUCGCGGGAGCUUUCUAAAGAACAAUUGCUGAGCCACAGUCAGCGUUUCAAGAGAGCUCUGGCGAAAAACAACGUCAGCAUCAAGCUCACGCAGCUCCCUGAAGUCAAGGAGAAAGGACACAUUGGUAAGGAGAAGAAAACUGUAACGUGAAGGAGAAGAAAGGGAAAGGGAAACACAUAAUAUAAAUUGGUACAUGGUAGCACGAAAUUUUGAGAUAAAGAGACUCAUUCUUGUAUGCAUUGUACUAAAAGACUACGAGGUGGUGAAGGAUAGAAAAUAGGUCAAAAUACACCCAGGUCUCGACGAUUGCAUCGAAAUUCAGUCUCAUUCCUUGGCCGAGAUCGAAGGAAAAAUUGACCGACUUAAGGAGCGGCAUCGAGUUUUACAGCUCUCUGUAGCGAAGCUGGACUUUCAUUAAGAUUCGAGAGCUAGAUUUUCAGCAAGUAGAUUUAGAUCCAACAACAAGCUACUUAAAUCAAAAGAUCAAAGGGUUGUAGGAGUAGAUGAAGAAGCUGUCACGGACGAAGUCUUCAGGCGCAUAGAUUCAGAAGAAAAAUUGAAAACUUCCCACUCUGUGAUCCUUGAUGAAUGUGGUCCACCUAGUAAGUAACCAAGGUUAACACUUUCACUAGGAUUAAUGUUUGAAAAUUGGGCUUUCCCUUGCAUUAAGGUUAAGAUCCUACAAGUACAAGAUAGAACAAUCUAGUCGAUUAGAGUUAAUAGACGGUAGAAGUCGUCACGGUUGAUCAUCUUACUCGAGCCUUUAGAUCUUCUAAAUCCUUGCCGAAGCGGAGAUGGAGCUAGAUGUGGCCGUCCUCGUCGGCCAGGGUCCUGCUUACGCUGCCGUGUUUCAGGAUAUGGAAGGCGCAGAUGACGAAGAAAUGGAACUUAAAAGAAUGAACGACCUGCUCAAGGAGGUACUUGUGAAGAUGAAGUAGUUGAACAAGAUGAGCGACCUUCUGCAAGGAGGUGCUCAUGUACAAGAACUUUCUAGCAGCAGUAGAGGACGAACGAGCUCACUUUUUAAGCAGGAGGUGCUUAUGUAUCAAUCUACUAUAUGAUCAACCUUCUCAGGACGGUGGAGGUGCUCUACUGCAUAUAUGAAUGUCUAAUUUGCAAAUAAUCUGGAAAUUUCUAUACUCCACAACUCCACAACUACCACAGGUUCAGUCAUCCUUAACGCGAGCGCGGAAUGAUUUCAUUGCUAUACAAAACUCGGCAAAAAGUAACGAGGAAAUAGGGGACAAGCAACGUUGCCGAGAGCUUGAUCAGCUGUUGUGGAAAUGUGAAGUCGAUGUUUAUGGCAACAGACAAAAAGUCGCUCUAGUAUUGCUUCUUCUGCAUGAUCUUUCUACUUCGGAAUUCCUCUCGUUGGGCUUGGGGUAGUUGUUGAGUGAUCCUCGUUUCAAAAAGUUAUAGGGAGGACAAAAGAAUCCACGAGUAGCUCCCUCACGCUCCUUCCUUGAUGAAUGCCUUUUCAUUACUCGGAAAAUGUCGAAGAUAUUCUUUCUCGGUACUUGGAUACAGGGAAAGGUACGCAGCAUCCUUGGGCCGUACACUUGCAGGAAGGAUCAGCACAGGUUCAGAGGUCACUGGAAGAGGGCUGGCAAGUGGUGAACGAAAAGUAUGACGAGCUGAGAAAAUGGUGGGCGAAGUGAUUGAGCCGAGGAAGAGAACUCUUUGGAAAGAUCAUGCUGCUAACUCACAGCGGUAGACGUCGUUGUAAACUACCCCGCUAGGUAAAGUUGAGGAUGGUUGCUUGCUACGCGAAUAAGAUGAUGGAAACUACUUCCAGAAAAAAUCUACAAAAAGGGCGUCUCCUUCAAGUUUUUUAUCCUUGCUUGUCACUUGCUCUACAAGAACCCGCAGCUUCGUAAAACCUAUUGGCAGGAGAAGCGUAUCGAACUUGUUGUAAACUCGAUUGCACAGACUGUUGUCAUCCGGAGAACGCGUCGUCGAACGAUGCUCAGAGAGAUUCAUUUUUCUGAUCAUACAGACCUUUCGUAUUCCUAUUCGCAUUCGUACGAUGGAAUUUGAAAGGCUGAAUUUUUGAGCGAAAGAACGCGUG